AUGCUACGUUUAGCAACCGACUCUAUAUUCGAGCACCCAGUGCACUCGUACAUUUUUGACACUUCAGACCCAGUUUGGGAUACCUAUUUCACCAAAAAAGAGCUUAAAGAGGCGAAGAAUUACAAUACCAAAUUACGAGUGGAUAUUCCAGAAGAACUGCAAACAUACUUGUCAUCAUUUGAAAAUGAAGAAUUUACAACAGCGAGCGAUUACUAUGACCAUGCCUUAGAGCGCAAAUUUCCUCUUGGUAAAUAUUUCAACGAAAGAUGGGUACAGCAGAGUGUUGUAUCAGCGUGUGAGCUUUUUUAUUAUCAUCAAAACCAACUAAACCUGAAGGAAUACUUGGAAGGAAACAUGCUGCACGAAGUAUGGGAAUUUGUCUACAAGUUGUUCAAAGAUCGUAAAAUUACUAUUAAACUUGGAGAGCCUUGUAGUAUCGCAACUAGCAUGGAAAAAAAUAAAAAAAGAAGUUUGGAGGCAAUCACGCCCAGAGAGAGAAAAGCCAUGGGCUCGAAAAUAGAUGUCAUAUUCAUCGCGGACAAUACCAAACUUGGGGCAUGUGAAGCUGGAAAAGGAGAUGUGUCUAAAAUUGAUAAUAAAUAUUUGAAUGACGGAUUUAAAAAAUUGCCGAAAACAUUAAGAGACAUGUUGAUUUCUCAAAUUUUUGUAAAUCCUGAUAAAGCUAAUAGUCUGUGUACAGUAGGCUAUUUGAUGAUGGGUCUUCACAUGGAACUUCUUGUUGUGGACAUGCCCUUCGGGAAUUUGAUUUCGAGAGUUGUAAGAUCCUCUCGUUUAAUAUACCCUGUCAAGACAAAAAAUUUUGCAGUGGAUUUUAUCCCUUUGCUUGAACUUGCCUACACCGGCAAACAUAUUAUGCAAAAUAAUAUAAAAGUGCUCGAUGACAGGAAGAGAAAAAAAUUGAUUGAUGAUGACGAUGAUAGCAAUGACGAUUUGACCGGUGAAAUCCCUCUCUCCCUUGUUUAA